AUGCAUUAUACGUCUCUCAAUUUUAUCGUCUUGGCCGCGCUUGCUGCAGGGGCAUUGUGUGAGACCUACAGAGUUGAGGUCGGCAAGGACGGGCUGAGAUACAUUCCUGAUACUAUAAAGGCUGAUAAGGGAGACAUCGUCGAGUUCCAUUUCAACGCGAUGCAUAGCGUUAUCGCCGGCGACUUUAAGAAGCCAUGCACUCCAGUCACUAGUGGAGGAUUCUAUUCUGGCACCCUUCCUAUGGGUGAUAAGUCAUUCUUUUCGAUCACUAUCAAUAACAGCGACCCCGUGUUCUUCUACUGCGGCGUCGAUGAUCACUGCCAGGCCGGCAUGGCAGGCGUUAUCAACCAGGGCUCUGACACACUCGACGAGUUUAAGAACGCUGCUAAAAACAGCGCGAACAGCAUUAGCCCCCCAGCUACAUUUGGCGGCACUUUGGGAAACAGCUCCAGCAACAUGACGAGUGCAACGAUGAGCUCACCAAUGUCCACAUCGCCCAUGGCUACAACGACUGAAGCUUCAACAAUCGGGAACACAACUACGUCCGGAUUACCUUUGUCCUCAUCGAGCAGUGGCCACCAGCCAGGUGCUGCUGGACAUUUAACGGGUCCAAUCGUCAGCGUAACUUGUCUUGCCCUAGUUGUCGGGGGCAUAUUCGCGUUAUAA